AUGGGGGAUCAUGUCAAAGUCCACAUAGACGACAUCCACAGCCCCACCCUGAUCGACCCUCUUGGAUACUUCCUGGAAGAACUCUCAAGCGAUUUAGUCAUGUUUGAUUGCAAGAGUCAGGCGAGCGAGACAACAGGCCACCCUUCGCGCCCUCGAGUUCAGGUUAAAUUCAGAUGCUGCGGCACCAUGCAGGCUUCCUGCCGCCGUGUUGUUAACCACUUGCAACUGAGUUCAGCUGCCGUCCUUUGUCCCUGCGUAUCCGACUCCAGAACACGCCCCAAUGGGAAGUUACCAACGCGAGCGGUGGGGAAUCAGCAAACGACCCCCCGCACCGGUGCAGCCGGGUGUCUAAUAGAGCGCUGCAGGCGGUGGGAUCAUUUGUGGGGUCGGGGUGCCGAGAGUGAAGAGUUCACCGGCUUCACGUCCGAUGACGAGACUCUGACCGGCUCCCUGCGCCUGGCACUCCGCUCACAGAAACACAGAACAUUAAAUGCCGACACCCCCCACCACGAGACACGGAUCCCCACCCUGCCCACCCGGACCAGCAACCCCUCCCCGCCGCGCCCCUCCGCCUCUCCAGUCCCGGUGAGGCCCCGGGUCCCCAGGAAGGGGUCCAACCCACCCCACCGCCCCAGGGCUGGGACCCCUGGCGCUCCCCGGGGAGUGGGCCGACCCCGCCGGUGGCCCCGCAAGCAGCCCCCGGCUGCGCCCCCCAGGGGACGGCGACCCCUGUCCAGGCGAGGUGGGGGGUCCGGCAGGACGCUCUUUCUCAAGGCCCGGCACCUGAGGGGCGGGAGGGGAGCCCCAAGGGGUGGGGGCGCGGGUUACGGCCGGGGCAGGGGGGGCGGGAUCAGGGCCGGGCGCCCGCGGAAGGCGGGACCCCGCGGCAGACCCCCGGGGCGCUCGGGGGAGCAGGUCAGGGUCGGACGUGGCCGUCCCCGGCUGUCCGCUCCUCCCCCCACCCCUCCCUCUUCCUCAUCCUCAUCCUCCUCCUCCUCUCCCUCCUCCUCUUCCCCCUCCCCCUCCCGCUCCCCACCACCACCCCCCUCCUCCCGGGACCCCCCCCUUAAGGCCAAGUCCCGCUUCCUGAAGAACAUCCGGCAAUUCAUCAUGCCGGUGGUGAGCGCACGCUCCUCCCGACUCAUCCGCACCCCCCGCCGCUUCAUGGACGACGAGCCCCCUCUCUCCAGGGCGCCCCCUCACCCCUCCCCUAGCCGACCCCCUUCUCCCACCCCCAGCGAGCAGCCGGUUCCCGGGACGGGGGCGCCGGAACCCUCCCCCCUCCCCCCUUCGCCCCCUCCUCCUGAGCCCCCUCCGGGGGGCGCAUCCCCCACCCCUCCUCCUGGGUCGGGGUCAGUUUCGGGGUCGGAGCCCCGCCCCCAACCCCCCGAGCCCAGGGCAACCCCGGCCAAGCCCCGGGGCAUGAGGACCAGGAGCAUGGGACCCGGCGAGAGCCCCCCUGAACCCGCCCCGCUCCCUGAGGGCACGCCUGUCCCUCCCCUCCCUGCGGAGGGGGCUUCCCACCCUCCGGAGAGCCCAGUGGGCGGGGGCCAUGGAUCUCUGGCGUCCAGCGGGGGCCAGGGGACCCCCCAACCGGCCAUCAAGGCGGAAGGAGGGGAACCGGAGCUCCUGGCGCAGACCGACGUCCUUCCCGAGGCAGGCGGCUCCCCCCCGGGGGUCUCCCGGGACAGCCAGACGCAGACGGAGGCGGCGGAUGUCAAGUGCGAGGAGGGGGGCGAGGCGGAGGUGCAGGAGGAGGAGGGGGUGGAGAGGAGGGGGGAUCCCCCACUCCGCGCGCUGGCCCUCAGCCGUCAGUCCCUCUGCAUGUCGGCCAUGGACGAACGGAUGGUCAACCUGCUGAAGGCGGCCAAGGUGCAGCUGAUCAAGAUUGACCAACAGAAACACUGGAAGUCACAGCAGCAGCUUGCCGGACAGACUGGCACGGAGGUGAGACAUCCCGGGUUGCUCCAGCCCAACAAGCCGGAGACGGGCGGCGAGGACGAGGAGGCGAUGAAGAGGAGGCUGGGCUCGGAGUCCCCCCCGCCCGAAGGGAAGAGGGCCAGAGUGGAAGUGGAGACGCAGUUACCCGUGCAGGGGCCACGGAUCAAGCAUGUGUGCAGGCGUGCGGCAGUGGUGCUGGGCAAACCCCGCGCCAUGGUCCCCGCUGACGUCCCAAGGCUCAGCGCCCUGCCCAUGCAUGAGAGGGACGGCAUCGUGACGGGCCUUAUGGAUGGUGACUCCUCGUCCUCCGAGCCAGAGAGCCCGGCCCCGCCAUUGCCGGUGCCGAAGCCCAAGCUGCCGGAGACAGAAGUGGAUGUGCUGGAGUCGGGGGCUGGGGCCGGGACAGGGGCCGAGCCGGUGCUGGGGGUGGAUUGCACCAAGCCCCAGCCCCCCACUGGCCAGCCCAAGCGGCGGGGCAACCGGUGCGGCAGCUGCAAGGGCUGCCGGAACCUGGCCGACUGCGGCAAGUGCGUCAACUGCCUGGACAAGCCCAAGUUCGGGGGCCGCAACACCAAGAAGCAGUGCUGCGUGUGGCGGAAGUGCGACAAGAUAGAACGAAGGCGACAAGAACGUCUGGCAAAUGUGCGAAAACGAACCCGCAUCUCCAUCCUCCCCACCAUCGACACCCGGCCGGUGAUGGGCAAGGACGACGAGGAGUGGCUGCCUGACUCCCGGGGAUACGCUGCCUACGAGUACAUGCUGGGAGCGGCGGGUGAGGAGGAGACCCCCAGGAACGGGGAGGCACCGCCCCCGGCCAGCGCCGAGUCCGCCCUCACCCCCGACGCCCAGCUCCAGCGCAAGUCCAUCCGCCGCACUGCCCGCCAGUGGUCCUACUAUGCCCUGUUCGAGGAGUCUGACAUCUCCGGCUCAGACGAGGACUCCAAGCAGAACCCCAACUCGCUGAAGGACGACUUGCAAUCCAUCAUCGACGAUCAAGGCCGACUGAAGCCCUUGCACCUCAAAUCCCGGAAGAGCAGAGAGAAGGACCGGCCGGUGCUCUUGAGCAAGCAGGACCAGAUGGCGCUGAGUCCCCUCAGUCCCUUUACCAAUGGCAGCAACAGCCGACACAAGGGGCCCAGCGACGGUGUGCACAGGAUCAGAGUGGACUUCAAGGAGGACUGCAGCAUCGAGAACGUCUGGUUGAUGGGCGGCCUGAGUGUGCUGUCGUCUGUGCCUGUCCUCCCCCGAGUCCUCUGCCUGCUCUGCGCCAGUCAGGGUCACCACGAGAUGCUGUACUGCCAGGUGUGCUGUGAGCCCUUCCACACGUUCUGCCUGGAGGAGAGCGAGAGGCCGGCAGAGGAUCAGAAGGACAACUGGUGCUGCCGGCGCUGCAAGUUCUGCCACGUCUGCGGGCGCAAGAGCAAGAACUCUAAGCAUCUCCUGGAGUGCGUCAAAUGUCGAGCUACGUACCACGUCGCCUGCCUGGGGCCCAACUAUCCGACCAAGCCUAACCGGAGGAGACAGACCUGGGUGUGCCCCAAGUGCGUGCGGUGUAAGAGCUGUGGAGCCACUACGCCAGGGAGGAGCUGGGACGCCGAGUGGUCUUACGACUUCACCCUGUGCAACGACUGUGCUAAGCUCUUCGAGAAAGGGAACUACUGCCCCAUCUGUACCAAGUGCUACGAGGACAAUGACUACGAGAGCAAGAUGAUGCAGUGCUCGAAAUGUGACCACUGGGUGCACGCAAAAUGCGAAGGGGUCACAGACGAGAUGUAUGAGAUCCUGUCCAACCUGCCUGACAACAUCGUCUAUACCUGCCUGCCAUGUAUGGAGGGGAGACCCGCCGAGUGGCAGGAGGUAGUCACCAACGAGCUGCUCUCCGGCCUGAAGCAAGUCCUGAGCGGCCUGGUCACGUCCCGCCUCACCGCCCACCUGCUUAAGCACAGGGAGGCACAGUCGGGCGAUGACGACUCGGACGAAGUUGACCCUGGAAUGCCCUGCGAUCUGGAUGCGGUGAAGCAAAAGUUUGACGAGGGUGAUUACACUUCGGUGUUGGGAUUCUCGGACGAUGUGGUGCGGAUCAUUCAGAGCAGCAUCAACGAGGAGCUGGAGUACCCCGAUAUGAGGCGAGCUAACAUCUCAGCCAAGGCCUACUUCAUAAAGCAAAUGGAACGCAUCUUCCCUUGGUUCAAGGUGGAGGACUCCAGGUACUGGGACCAGAGCGGAAACUUGCCCAAUGGUGUACACCCGAACGCCGUCAUGCCCCCAUCGCUCGACCACAUCUACGCCCAGUGGCGGGAGCAGACGGACGUCGGUCCCCCUUGGAACGCCACCCACAGGAACGGGCAGGAGCAGGCCGGGAGCAGGGGCGCCCGGAUAAAGGAGGAGUCUCCGGGUGGGAAGAACGGGGGCUCGGAGUCCGGCAUUGCCUUCGACCCCGAUGACGGACGCCAGUGCGCUCUGUGCCUGAAGUAUGGCGACGACAAGGUCAACGACGCCGGGCGCCUCCUGUACAUCGGCCAGAACGAGUGGACGCAUGUCAACUGCGCCCUGUGGUCGGCGGAGGUCUUUGAGGAAGGGGACGGCUCGCUGAAGAACGUGCACAUGGCGGUGGGGAGGGGCAAGCUGAUGCGCUGUGAGUACUGCCAGAAGCCCGGCGCCACCGUCGGCUGCUGCCUGUCCUCCUGUCAGAGCAACUACCACUUCAUGUGUGCCCGAGCCUGCAACUGCGUGUUUGAGGAGGACAAGAAGGUGUACUGUCAGCGGCACAAGGAUCUGGUGCAAGGCAAGACGGUCCGCGAAGACGGAUUUGAGGUGAUGCGCAGGGCUUUCGUUGAUUUCGAGGGCAUCACCCUCCGCCGGAAGUUCCUCACGGGACUGGAACCGGAGAACAUCACCAUGAUGAUCGGUUCGAUGACCAUCAACAACUUGGGGGUGUUGACGGAACUGUCGGAGUGCGAGGGCCACAUCUUCCCUGUGGGUUACCAGUGCUCCAGGGUUUACUGGAGCACGACGGAUGCCAGGAAGAGGUGCGUGUACCGGUGCAAGAUCGUGGAGUACCAUCCCCCGGCCUGGGAGAACGACAUCAACGGCACGGACGACGGAGGCAACCACACCAUCGUGCACAGUCCCAGCACCGCAGAUACCAGCGAGGUGACGGAAGCAGCGGCCAAGAGUGGUCCCCAGGUGGGCUCGCCGGAGCGCCCCUUCCCUGGACAGGGCGCCGGCCCCCUGCCCCCGCCCCGCCCCGUGCCCUGCAGCCGCAUCAAGGUGCCAAGCUACGGCGCGGCCAGCCGGUGGUCGUCGGGGAGCUCUCGGCCCCUGCCCUGUCCAGGAAGUCCGGCCUCAGUCUCCCACCACAUUCUGACCGUCAGCGACCCUGCCGUCUCCCCCAGCCGCCGCUCGCUGGUGCCCCGGAGGCACGGCCUGGCCUCCCACCACUCCGCCCCUCGCGGGAAAGUGACUUCGCCCCCCCGGGCCACUGUCUCCGCCAGCAGGGCUCCCUCCUUCAGGGCUGCCAAGGAAGCCCCCCAGCUCCCUCACCGCUUGGGCGGCGGGGCGGCAGAGAGGCCAGGGGUCGCUGUCUCCUCCACGUCCUCUUCCUCUCGGCCCCACGCCGAGCUCAGGAGCCCGGGAGGGAGCCGCCGCCGGACCCCGUCUCCUUCCCCGGCCUCUGACCUCCCCCUGCAGAGCAAACGGUCUGGAGGAGGAGGAAGAGGAGGACGAAGAGGGAGAGGAGGAGGAGGAGGGGGGGAGCGGACAGGAGGUCCGGCGUCCAGCGGCCCGCCAGCGAGCCCAGGAUCCUGGAGACCUUACGGACAGUUCGGGCCGCGGGGGGGAAGGUUCCCCCCGCCACCCCCUCCCCUCCCCUGCCCGCUCUCCUCCGCCGUCGAGCUCCUGGCCUCGCAGCUGGCCCGCGGCGGAGAGGAGGAGGAGGAGGAGAGGGGUGGCGAGGGGGAGGAGGUCAGCCCGCCACCCUCCCUCCUGGAGGACGAGGAGGACCCCGCCUUCGAUGCCCUUGACGUGGACCUCGUCUCGGCACUGGCCAAGGGCGAGCAGGUGCUGGCCGCCGCCCCUUUCCGGGACCACCCGCUGCACCUGGCGGCGCAGAUCGUGGUGGGUGAGGGCGGGGGCAAGCUGGAGGACGAGGAGGAGGACGAGGAUGAGGAGGAGGAUGACGACGAGGAGGCGGCCAACAGCUCCAGCGACGACCUGGACCAAUACUACAAACUUCGCCCGCACGGUGGUGACCGAGGAGGUGAUGGAGCAGCUGGCGUCCGAGUUGCUUCGCCCUGGACGGGAGGUCCCCCGCAUCGACCAGCUGGACGGCGUGGACGACUCGGCCGACUGCGAGCCGGCCACACGGGAGAGGCGGAGGACGAGCUCAGCAACAUCCUGCCCUCAGAGAUCAUGGACUUUGUCCUCAAGAACACCUCCGUCCUUCCUCCGCCUCAUCCACCGCCCCCGCCUCCUCCCCCUCCACCUCCGGACCCCGGCGCCCUCCAUCUUGGCUCCCCGAGCCCCCCCUGCGAGGCCUACCCGCCCCUCCCCGAGGCGCCGGCGGGAGCCGAGCCCCGCUUCCCUGAGCCCCCCCGCAUCCAGCGGGAACCGAGAGGGACUGAAGUCCAUCCCCCCCAGACCAAGCCUGCGGCCCUGGCCCCCGGGAAGCCCCCCGCCCUGCAGGUGCCCCUCCUCCAGCUGCCCAGGCCUGAGUUGCUCUACCUCAACCACGCCCCGGCCCCCCAGCAGGGCUACGGGACUGUGCUGGUGGCGCCCCCGGGACCCCUGGCCGUCCUGAGGCCGGAACUCCCCUCCCUGUCGCUGGGGGGGGCAUCCAUCCUCAACGUGGUGUCCGUCCAGCCCGGACCGGUGUUGGCCGGCACUCCCCUUGGCCUCGGGGGCUCCCACUUCCUCUCCCGGGAGUGCGGGGGUCCGGUGGGGAACCUCCUGCUCGGGGCCCAGGGCAAGCAGCAGCAGCCUCCACCCCAGCCCCUGGCCUGCCUGGUCCCCAUGCCCCAGGGUCCUGUCUCCCGGCCCCUUUUGCGGCAGCCCGCCCCCUCCCCUGCGCCCCUCAAGCACGCCCUGCCCCCGCCUGACAGGGGGCCGCCCAAGAGGCAGAAGACCUCGCACCCCUGGCCCAUCAUGGCCGAUCGCGGCAGUGUCUCGGAUGAGGCUCCCAGGGCAGUGGCCCCGGCCUCCUUGGGGAAUGGCCGUGUACGGAUCAAAACACCAACCAUCAGAGCCACCUUGGACCUGGAUCGUGUUGAAGAUUUGCACUCUGGAAACUCGCCGCAGCAGGGCCAGGAGCAGUCCGUCCGCCUGUAUGAAUCGUCGGCCAUGCGGGACGUCACCAGUCGCCACAGCAACCGCCGCAGUCUGCCCCGGGACUGGACGCGGGCCACAGCUGCCGAGCUAAGCUCGGACGAGGACUCUCUGCCCUCAUAUCAUCACGAGGAGGACGAGGACGAGGAGGACGAGGACGAGGAGGAGGAAGAUGAGGAGGAGGACGAGGACGAGGAGAAGGACAAGGAGAACUGGCAGGAGACGGAGCCGCAGCGCAAACAUGGGCCGCACCUGCGGUUCGAGAUCACCAGCGACGACGGGUUUGCGGUGUCGGCGGACAGCAUUGACGUGGCGUGGAAAGCCGUGCUGGACAAGGUUUUGGAAGCUCGGGCCAGCACUCGCCUCAAGCAGAUCUCCUUCGCAGGUAUGAGCGGCGUCCGGUGCCUGGGUCUGACCCACGAUGCGGUGCUCUUCCUUGUGGAGCAGCUGCUCGGGGCCAAGAACUGCCGCAAGUACAAGUUCCGCUUCCACAAGCACGCCGACGUGGACGAGCUCCCCCUCAACCCCCACGGCUGCGUCAGGGCGGAGGUCGGCUCCAGGAAGUCGACCUUUGACAUGUUCAAUUUCCUGGCAUCCCGGCACCGGAAGCUGCCGGAGUACGGAUUGAUGGACGAGGAGGAGGAUGAGGUUCACUUGAAAUCGGCAAGGCGAGCGACCAGCAUGGAUCUGCCGAUGGCCAUGAGGUUCAGGCACUUAAAGAAGACCUCCAAAGAAGCCGUGGGCGUCUACAGGUCUGCAAUUCACGGCCGGGGUCUGUUCUGUAAGAGGAACAUUGACGCCGGCGAGAUGGUGAUAGAAUAUUCCGGAAUCGUCAUUCGAUCUGUGUUAACGGACAAGCGGGAGAAGUACUACGACAGUAAGGGGAUCGGCUGUUACAUGUUCCGCAUCGACGAUUUCGAGGUGGUGGACGCCACCAUGCACGGCAACGCUGCCCGCUUCAUCAACCACUCCUGCGAGCCCAACUGCUACUCGCGGGUCAUCAACGUGGAGGGCCAGAAACACAUCGUGAUCUUCGCCAUGCGCCGCAUCUACCAGGGCGAGGAGCUCACCUACGACUACAAGUUCCCCAUCGAGGACGCCAGCAACAAACUGCCCUGCAACUGCGGAGCCCGCAAGUGCCGACGCUUCCUCAACUGAGGGGAGGGGAGGGGGGGGGGGGGGUGCUUCCCCGGCCGGACCACCCCACCACCUCGGAGGGCGUCCGCGUGAGGUGCAGAGGGAGCGCCGGUUCCCCAUGAUGCCCAUGUGCCCCACCUCGCCCAGGGUUUUGUGUCCGUCCCCCCCCCCUCCCCCCAGCCCCCACCCCUCGGAUGUUUGGCAUCUUCCUUUUCCGACCUCCACGGCAAGUGGGGGUGAUUCCCCCUCCUUCCGCCGGCUCUGGGUCUGUCUCCCCCCCCCACCCCAGUCCGAAGCCGUUGUGGGUGGAGGUGAUGAGAUGGGGGAGGGGAGGGCACAGCAAUGGUUGCAGGCUGGAUCCUAACAGUCCCCUCCCCUCCCUCCUCUCCCCCUCUAUCCCUCUGCUCUUCCCCUUCACCUCUUCCCCCUCCCUCCCUCGUCUCCCCCUCUACCCCUCUGCUUUCCCCUUCUCUCUCCUCUCCCUCUUUCCACCCUCUCUCUCUGCGCCCCUCCCCGCUCUCUCUCUCUGCGCCCCUCCCCGCUCUCUCUCUCUGCGCCCCUCCCCGCUCUCUCUCUCUGCGCCCCUCCCCGCUCUCUCUCUCUCUGCGCCCCUCCCCGCUCUCUCUCUCUCUGCGCCCCUCCCCGCUCUCUCUCUCUCUGCGCCCCUCCCCGCUCUCUCUCUCUCUGCGCCCCUCCCCGCUCUCUCUCUCUGCGCCCCUCCCCGCUCUCUCUCUCUGCGCCCCUCCCCCACACACCCACCCUCUCCUAAGUGUCUGGGAUGGGGGAUUGGGAACAAGACGCUCUCCUUGUGACCAGCGGCGAGAGUCUGCAUCGGGAGAACUGCCCCAUCCAUCGCCCACCCCCCCCCCCAGCCAUUGACGCUCCCUCCCUUGGGGGAGGGGGGGCUCUCGCCCAGACCACCACAGCCACCCCCGCCCCGCAGAGUGCGGGAAGACUGCACGUCACCACCACCACCCCCUCCAAACUCCCAACCCUCCCGAGGUGGGCAGUCAAUGCCACUCUCCCGGGGCACCAAACCCUAUACGUGACAGGACCGGAGGUCUCCGCUGCCUCAGUCAUGUUCCAAACCUCUCAUUUCCUCUUGUUUGAGAAUCGGGGAAAAAUAACUUGCUCUAACUUUCUGUAAAAAAAAGCCUAAGUUGUACAUAUGUGUACAGAUAUUUCUAAAACUCCCUUAUUUUCUAUGCACUUUUUUAUUUAAGAAAUGGUUUCCUUAAUAAAGAUGUUAAGUUGUUCAGAGUUACAUGAGGUAACAUCGUGGUCAUUCGAAUUGUGAUCCGGCAGGAGCGCCCUUCUGUGGC